ACUAGUAAAAGAGAUCAAACCUUAACGACAAGAAAGAAGUGUCGGCAAGGAGUCGUUAGCUUAUUUUAGUUGUUUUUCAAUUACAAAAGUGUAUUUUACGUAGCUAUUUAAGGUGUGGACAUGUAUAACGCAUGUAUAUAAUUAGAAUAAUAUAACAAUCAACUUUCAAGUUAAGCAAAACAACGCAAAUCGUGUUCUUAUUUUGGCUAAAUUCAACGUGAAUCGGGCGUCGACCGGUCCAUCCCUCCUACCCGUAACCGUCGCCGCCUGCCUGUGCUGUCUGUCAGUCUCGCCUCUAUACUCAUUUUGUACGUAUCGGCGCCGUGCGCGGUCACGGCAAACGCGAGGCAAUAGUACAACGCCGUGUGUAUAACGAUAAGUAGGAACGUGUGUUGUGGUGUGCCGGUCUUAGUGACCGUUUAAUGUGGUAUCUAGUGUCGGUGUUGAGCUGUCGUACGGGCCGCGCGGCGUGAUUGGGCGGCGCGAUGGUGGACAUGGAUAGGAACGAUCCGGAACUCCGGUACUUGUCGGUGGAUAGGAACAGCUUCAAUGACCCAGCCACACAGGCGGAAUGGACGCAGAAGAGGCUGGUGUGGGUGCCCCACGAGAGCCAGGGCUUCGUGGCGGCCGGGAUCAAGGGGGAGCGGGGUGAUGAAGUCGAGGUGGAGAUAGCAGAGUCAGGCAAGAGGAUGCUGGUUCCUAUUGAUGACAUACAAAAGAUGAACCCACCUAAGUUUGACAAAGUUGAGGACAUGGCCGAGCUGACCUGCUUGAAUGAGGCAUCUGUUCUGCACAACAUCAAGGACAGAUACUACUCAGGCCUGAUCUAUGUAAGUAUUCCACUCUUCAUUAUUGCCCUGAACUUAAACAUUUUACCGGAGUGCAUCACUCACAGUCCUGUAUAGAUAACCAAGUUACUUUGAAUUUUGCAUUCUUAUCUAAUCUAUAAAAGUUUUAUUAUCAAUCUUAACCUGAGCUAGGUUAGUGCUGUGUAUGAGUUUCAUUACUUUGUGUAUGUAGCAUUCUUUUAAGUGGUUCACUGUUAAAUUAUUGUUUUUGCCUGUAAUUAUUACUAAACUUCAUAACUACAUUAUCAUUACUAAAUCCAAAUAUCUUUACAGUACCAUAGCAAACACACUGCGUUAAUAGCAAAUUUUUACAUGGAUACUCUCUAACACUCCCUUCAAUAAUACUUUACUCCCCAAAACAUAGACAAUAAUGAAACAGACUUCAUAUAACGCCGCUUUGCAUUACGCUAACAAGGAAACUAACACUAAUUUUACAUACAAAAAUU